AUGACUCAGUGCAUUAGGCAAGCAGCGUGGGAGAAGCGCAGAAGAAGCAGAGCAGCAACGAAGCAGGAUGCGCGCCAGAAGACGGCGUUCAUUACCCGCACGGGCCUGUAUGAGUUCCAGGUGGUGCCGUUUGGCCUGCGCAAUGCUCCGGCGUUCUUCCAACGGUCCAUGCAGGCCGCGCUGGCUGAUGUUGGCAACGCGUGCAUUUGUCUGGAUGACAUCCUAUUGUUCAGUUCCAUCUUUGACGAGCACAUCGCCCUUCUCAACAAGGUUCUGCAGCGCCUGCGAGAUGUUGGUUUGCGCCUCAAGCGCGAGAAGAUCUCCGGCAGGAUGCUGCUUGCGACUGUCGUGCAUUAUCUGUCACAUGGAGUUGCAUGCAAGGAGAUUGGGCAAGAAGAGCGACCAAAGCCAGACGUCAAAGAAGCGGUAUCGACCGAGGAAGACGAGUAUGUGUUUGAACACCCUCGCAAGGCGCUUGAUAACAAUGCAUCAGCAGCCUCAAGCAGGUGCAGUCAACAGCAGCUCCAGCCACGCGCCCUUGGCGGCUCCGUCUGGGACCAGCUGCUGCUGUCCGAGACCCUCGGCGAUAAGGGCACCUCUGGUGGCUCAACCACCACGUGUCACGUUGCCACCAGCGCUGCUGGUACGGGGGAGAAGACAUCAGCAGUGGGUGGUCAUCCACCAGACAUCGCUGCUGGCAGUGUUGCCACGUCAGCUGAGCCAGCCACCGUCAAGGAGGCGCUUGCCUCGCCAGACUCUGAGGAGUGGCGCCAAGCCAUCCUGGACGAGUUUGCGGCAAUGCAGGCCAAUGACGUCUACGACGUCGUGCCUCGCGCUGACCUUCCCAAGGGCCACAAGCUGCUCCGCAGCAUGGUCAUCUUUCGAGAAGAAGCGUGA